AUGCAGGCCGCCAUGCCUUCGACCGCCCACGCGGCGGCCCUCGGCAUCCUCAGCCAUAUCCUCUUCGUAGGAGUCGCCACGGCCGGCGUGCUUGGUAUGCGAUACCUGUCCAGUCCCGCCGUCGACUUCGUUGACGCCGUACGGAUCACCACCCAUCUCCUGGCCUCUUAUCUGGCCGGUCUCUACGGCAGCCUCGCCGUCUACCGACUAUGGAUGCACCCACUGGGUGGGUUCCCCGGGCCCCGGGCAGCGCGCCUCUCCAUCUAUAUGGUCGGACGCAGCGGGCACGCCUGCCACACGCUCCUCGACCUGCACGCCCAGUACGGACCGUACGUGCGCACCGGCUCGUCUGACCUCUCCAUGAUCGACCCGCACGCAGUCGAGGCCAUCUACGGCACCGGCUCUCCGUGCACCAAGGCCCCCUGGUACGACUGGUCGCACGGCAAUCAAUCGCUGAACACCCACCGCGACCCGACCGUUCACCAUGUCCACCGGCACGCCUGGAGCCCCGCCUUCAGCGACAAGAUGGUGCGUGGCUACGAGCUCCGCGCGCGCGUCUACCGCCAGAAGCUCGUCGAGCGACUGCGCGCCAGCGGAGCAACUCCCGUCGACGUGCACCACUGGUACAGUCUGUACAGCUUCGAUGUCAUGGGCGACCUUGCCUUUGGCAAGAGCUUCGGGUGUUUAGAGACGGGGGAGGAGCACUGGGUCGUCACACUCCUCAGAGCGUCGAUGGUGUUUUUCGGCAUCGGGUUCCCCGUCUGGGUCUUCCUCAUGAUCCGCAACACUCCGGGCCUGAUGUCCGACUUCUGGAAGCUGAUGGAUUGGUGCGCCAAACGGUUCGGACAGCGGAUGGAGAACGAGCCCGAGGUGCCUGAUAUCAGUGCCUCGUUGAUCGGCUCUCUGCGCGGCAAGCCCCCUACCCCGGACGAUAUCCACCGGUUGAACGGCGAUGCGCGCGUCGUGCUGAUCGCCGGUAGCGAUACCUCGGACAGCGCCUUGACGGCGAUCUUCUACCUUCUCGCGCACCACCCGCAGGAGAUCGAAAAGCUGCGGCGCGAGCUCGAGCCCUAUCGUGACGCGGACCCUUCCGCCGCCGACGAGUUCCUACACUCGCAGAUCGCGCGUCUCCCGCACCUGAAUGGGGUCAUUAACGAGGCGCUGCGUCUCUUUCCUGCCGUCCCGGGCACUCUACCGCGGAAGACGCCACCAGAGGGGAUCGUCGUCCAGGGGGUGUGUAUUCCCGGGGACAUCACGGAUUAUUCUCCGCAGUGGGUGAUGGCGCGAUCGGAACUUUCCUACGCCAAACCGUACGAAUUCACCCCCGAGAGAUGGUACAGUCAACCGGAACUCAUUCGGAACAAAUCGGCCUUUGCACCGUUUAGUAUUGGACCGUAUAAUUGCGUGGGACGACCACUGGCGUUACUGAAUCUGCGCACCACAAGUCGCGCGGCUGAUCACCAGCUUCGACGUGAAGUUGGGGCCGGGUGA